AUUUAUAAUCUUCCAUAGCCUAAAGUGUGACUUGAAUUGAAGCCAUGUGCAAGAACCAGCUCUGUCAAAUGAAUGUUUGUUCUGCAGUGGCCAAAGGGGGUGAUUGCUUGAACUUCUGUAUGAUGCUCAUUAAUGGCCUUGGCAAACAGACCUGGCUAGAUGAGGGUACUGCAGGGUUUUCUCUAAUAUUCCAACAGCUCCCACGUGGACUUAAAUCUCUUUCAAGCUUCUGCAGAGAGCUGAACGUGUAGAGACCAAGGUUUCCUUGAAAGAACUGGGUGUUCUUUUAUUGUCAAGAGCUUAGCUACCUGACCUGCUGCAGCAGAUCCUAGCUGAUUAGCAGCAUGGAUCCCCAAAACGCUUCCCAAGUAAUAAACAGCCAGUCAUUUCACCUGCCAAUCAAAUUUAAUUACUCUGCCUCAGCACUGCCUUUUUAGCAAUUCACAGCGCUGAAGCAAUGCACCACUGGUGGGUGCAGCAUUUGCUGCAAGGGAAGUUUUUUGUUUUUUGCCUAGUGACCCAAAGACUGCAACGGUGUGCAUGCUUGCUUUGUAGUAAGCCACACUAAACAUGCACAAAAUUGCACUCUGAGCAACAACUCACAACAGAAUGGCCUGAACUUCCUACUUUGGAAAGUAGGAAUGAAAAUGGCAGCAGCCAGUUGCUCAGGUUUCGGGGGUUUAAUUGUAUCCAUGGGCUUUCGCAUUGAUGUUUUUAUCUCCGUAUUAGAGAUACACGAUAUUACUAAAUACAGAUUGGGUGCUUGAAUGGGAUUUCCGACACUGAAUUGCGCUCUCUCAGCUCUGAGGUUGGGGAAUGGGCUCAUAAGAGUUGGUAUGGUGAAGAAGUUGGGACAUGAAAACAAUGGCAAUGCCAUAGCGAGGCUAUGGGGAUGGAAAGAAGCAGCAUAGGAUUUUAUUGCCAGAGAGGGAGAAGCUGUGGAUCAGAGUCAGCUGUAUCGGAUGAAUGACAUGAAAUGGAGUUUUGCAUAGAAGAAACAGCCACAAACAGGCUUUCUGCAUCUGGACCUAUUUUAAUUUACGUAUGGCUUUUUGGCCCCAUGGUUUACAUUGUUUUCUUUUUUCCUAAAUCCAUGAUUUGGCAAUACAAUUUUGAGGUCAAUUCUGACCGCUAUCCUCACAUACUGGGAGAGAUGAUAGAUGUAAAAUCUAAAGCACCAAAACCCUAGAAACAAGUCAGUUCUAGAUUCUAAAAGGAACUAAAUUGUAUAGUAUGUGAAUGACCAAAUACCAAAGGCUGGAAUCCUAGACACACACCUGGAAGAAAGGCCCCUACUUAAAGUAGGAGGUGUAUAGCACUCCAAAGGAGAUGAUGUACCGUAUUAAGUCUCUGGCAGCAGAAUACAUGUGUCAAUCUUUAAGGGUGCCACGACAGCACCGUGAGCUUAAUAUAAAGGCUAAAGGGAACAUAUGUUAGUAUCUUGGGUGCCACGGGCCUCUUUCGUCGUUUUGGUUUUACUUUGUGGCUGGAGGGGAGAGCAUUUGAUAUUUCGGCGUCUGCCCCUUUAAAAGCGACGCCAUUCGGCUUCGCCCUCGCAGCACGUGACCCGGAAAUGGCUGUAGCGGCGCCUCAAUGAAGGCGGCGCGGAAAGCUUCGUCGCGCGCUUCGAGAGGCACCUGAGUCACGUGGCACAUCUGCCCGGACUGGGUCCCACGAGCGAGCGGGUUCGACUGGGUAAAGAGGAGCAGAGAACGAGGAGGGUCGCCGCUCUGGCACAGCAUCUCGCUGCGAUCUUUUAAGGCCCGGCCCUUACUUGGAGGACUAGAGCAGCACGCACUCUUAUGACGAGCUCCGCCGCGCGCCGCUGCGGGGCAGCCGCACGAGACUGAGACCUACCUGAUCGCCUCCUCCCUUCGGCCAGACGCUCCAGCUGUUCCAGGGUGUUGCAUGAAUAUUCCUGCAUCUGCAACGUGAAUGCAAAAGCUGAACCUCCUGUCUGUGGCUGGAAUAUGGUUCCUCAGCAGAAGAUAGUGAUGUGGCUGCUGCUUGCAUAUCCCACUUUGUGGUCUGGACUGCAGCAUCUUGGAGAGGAGACAAGACACAAAGCUGAGCCUAUCAAGUAUAUCAUCCUAGUUCCAAAUAAUUAAGCACCCUUAGCAGUUCUCAUUGAACUUAUUUUAACUUGAGUCUUUUCAGCUCUUAUAUUUGCCUUGAACAGAUUUCACUUCACUCUGUUGUCCACAAGUAUAAUGCCAUCUCCUUCGAAGUGUGUGCAAGAACUUCUGUUAAUCUUUGCCUUCGGUUUGGCCUCCUGCAGGGCUACUGGUGCCCUGUACCAUGACUACUGUGUCAUUGGGGCUGGCCCCGCGGGCUUGCAGAUGGCAUAUUUCCUCCAGCAUGCAGGCCGAGACUAUGUGGUCUUUGAACGCAGCUGUGCGCCCGGGGGCUUUUUUGCCCUGUAUCCACGCCACCGAAAGCUUAUAAGUGUCAACAAGCGUUACACUGGCAAAUCCAACAGUGAGUUCAACCUUCGCCAUGACUGGAACUCGCUACUCAGCCACAACCGCCGGCUGCUCUUUCGACACUACUCCAAGGACUUUUUCCCAGACGCUGAUGCCAUGGUGCGUUACCUGGGGGACUUUGCUUCCAUGCUAGACCUCCAGGUGCGUUACAACACAUCCAUCACCCGUGUGAUGCUGGAAAAGGACAUUAAGGCAUGGAAUGGCCAUUUCUUCAUCCUUACUGACCAGAAUGCUCAGUUCUAUAAAUGCAGUGUCCUAUUGGUGGCUACGGGAACGUGGGUUCCUAACAAAGUGAACUUCCCUGGUUCAGAAUACGUCGAGGGCUAUGAGUCUGUGUCCAUCAAUCCAGAAGACUUCCUUGGCCAAUCUGUACUGAUCUUGGGCCGAGGAAACUCUGCCUUUGAGACAGCGGAGAACAUUUUGGGCGUCACCAAUUUCGUGCACAUGGUGGGCCGCUCUCGUGUUCGCCUUUCCUGGGCCACUCACUAUGUUGGAGAUUUGAGAGCCGUUAACAACGGCCUCCUGGACACAUAUCAGCUGAAGUCCCUAGAUGGGCUUCUGGAAGGUGACUUGGAAGACUUGGUUCUCGUCAAGGAUAAGAAAGGAAAGCUGCACAUCACCCUCCGCUUCUACCUGGAGAACAGCAACAGCAGCGAAGCAGAUUCCAUCCUCCUCCCUCAGGACGAGCUGGACAACUUUGCCACUCGAGCACCUUACGACCGCGCCAUUGGCUGCCUCGGCUGGAAAUUCGACUUCUCCAUAUUCAACAAGUCUGUGGGGCUGAUGCAAGGCAAAGGCAGUAAGAAGAAGUAUCCUCUCAUCAAGCCCAGUUACGAAGCCAAAGCCACUCGGGGCCUUUUUGUUCUGGGCACCGCAAGCCACUCAGUUGACUUCAGGAAAUCUGCUGGGGGCUUCAUUCACGGGUUCCGAUACACAGCUCGCGUAGUUCAUCGCUUAUUAGAAGUCCGUCACCACGGAGUCCCCUGGCCAUCCUCCCUCUACCCCAUUAUGCAGCUAACGAAUGCCAUUGUCAAGCGAGUGAAUGAGGCGUCUGGGCUCUAUCAGAUGUUCACUGUGCUAGCGGAUGUCAUUCUGCUAAAAGAGAAUGCCACAGAAUUUGAGUACCUGGAGGAGUAUCCAGUUGGGGUCCUGCAAGACCUGGAAUGGCGCACAGGGAAAAAAGUUCAGAAUGGGCUUUUUGUCAUUGUGAUGGAGUAUGGGAAGAAUUUUUCUGGGCCUGACAAGGACGUCUUCUAUUACAACCGCGCUGUGGGUGAAGCACGCCAUGCUUGGCAGUCCAAUUUCCUGCAUCCUGUCAUUUAUUACUACAAACGCCUCCCUACCGAGCGUGAGAUGAGGCUCUGCCCACCAGACUGGCCCUUGCCCCGCCCAGACGCCAUCCAUCACAUUGUGGAGGACUUUCUGACAGACUGGACUGCUCCAAAUGCCCACAUCCUCCCGCUGAGACGGUUCUUGGAGAAUUGCUUGGAAACUGACCUGCGCAGAUUCUAUGCAGAGUCCUGCUUCCUGUUCGCCCUCACGCGUCAGAAAUUGCCUCCCUUCUGCCAGCAGGGAUACAUGAGAAUGCAAGGGCUCAUGGGUAAUGAGAGGCUUAGUCGUCAUGGAGUAGAAGCAGGACUGCUUGAAGACUACACUGCUGUGGACUCCCCAGAUGAGCGGGAAACUGGCAGUACACAGUCACAUGACCCGCUGUUGGAAGAUCACAUGAUACCAAACCACCAGCUGCAGCAUCUCAUAAGCACCAAGGAUGAACUUUAGCCUUCCUUAGACUGCAUCGGAAACCACAAUGAUUGUGGUCACGGUACCAUGACAUAGACCUCUCCUGGGGCUCCAGCUUCCACUGCGUAUACUUGACUUGGAUUCCUGCCCAUUCCUUUAUGGGGGACCAUGACUUGCCAAAGACUUGUGUUGAUCUGGUGUUAUUUAUGAAGAGCAGAGUCUUUUACAGGAUAAGUGGGGGCUGAAACUGGGUAAUGUGAGGCAUCCUGUCACUCCUGUUCACUGUUGUAGCCUGCUGGUGGUGUUGCGUUUCUGCUGUAGGGGCCAGUCUCUAGCUUGUCGCAGGGGAGAAAAAGGGAUUGCACAGAUGACUUGCCACGGAAUAUUACUCCUGACUGCAUGUUUUGUGGUGAUCCACAGCAAAAGUCGUUGGUUAUGGAUGCUAUGUGUUAUUUUGUCCUUGCAUAACCUUGCAGAUUUCGUAUGUGCAUGACUUUACAAUCAGUUCGGUAGUAUUGGCUAAAGGAAUGCUGCUAAUGUCCAAUGCAGGGAAAUAAUAUUGUAUACAGGAGAGAAGGGGGAUCCCUUUGUUCCACGUUUGACAAAAUGCACUGCUGCCACAUUCAUCAACUUGUUCUGCAUCCCUGGCAUUCUUGUGUGCCAGCUUGCCCUUGAAAGGAAGGAGAAUUCCUGCACUCUUAACAAAAUAUCUCUCCUGUUUGCACUACACCUAGUUAGAAAGCUUCAUUAAUUAAGUUCAGUUGUGAUUAAUUUUUAUUUUCUAUUGUGAUGAUUGUAUUUAUAAUAUCCUAUUUUUUUUAAAAAAAAUGUAAGAGUAGGUAGGAAAACUAUCUGCACUUUAUUGCACCCCUACACACUUCCAAGAGACCAAGCCAGAAAGAGUCUUGUCUUUUAUCUAUAUUCCCUUGCUCUUUAGCAGAUGGACAGAAUAGCCUUCUACCUGCCACAAACACAGCACUUGUGCUUCCGGGGGGGGGGGACACCUUUCCAGCAACUGAUUCUUUGGGAGAGAUACACUUUAGCCCUCUUGCUUUAUCUAUAAAUACUUAAACCUCAUUUCUCGCCUACCAUUUGGUCUGGAGAAUUGAAAUGAAAAGGGGUCCAAUGCCUAACCAAAACCCUGCUGCAAAUUUAGAACUUGGCAGGAUGAACUUACAGGGUUAGGGCACAUGGAAGGGAAUGACCCGUGGCACAGUGGCUGCACAUGUUUUGCAUGCAGACAAUCUCUGGGCCCAAAGGCAUCACUUUUUUUAAUUCUGUCUCUUCAGUUACUUUAAAACCACAGAUCCUGGUUUAAAACAAACUCUGGAUAAAGAAGCUGGCUUCUUGGCUUGUGGUUUGAAGUUGGCUUGUUUUGAAACUGACAAUAAAUCGUUCUAAACUAGGAUAUCUAGUUCAUUCGUAACAAGCCAGGAUUCUGCAAAACUGAAAGUAAACACUGGCAAAAUGUUUCAUCA